GGCAAAAUAGAGGCUAAAAUCUUGCUAACCAGAAUAUUGUGAACUAUUAUUUACAGGUGUGCGCCGACCACUUCAUCACCAGUUCCAUGGCUCUGCACCUGAUGGCCGGGUCAGACCGUGCCUGGGUGUGGCAUGCCAUGGACGCAGCCGACGGAGAACCGACUUUGGAGCUGCUAGCCAUCAAGUUCAAGGAUCUAACCAUUGCUGCAUCCUUCAAGGAGAUGUUUGAGGGAGCCCAGACCAAGAUCAGACUCCAAGAAGCCGCUGAUGAUGGUGGACAGAUCGGUAGCCAGGAGGAGGGAGGAGCUACCGCAUCAUCAUCUUCUAUCAGUCAUGCGGGAGACGGUGUUGCCAAAGCAACCCCCUCUAGCAAAGUCGGUGGCGAAGUGAACCCCGAGGAAGAGCGAGAAUUCCACUUCCAUCCGAUCGUCAAGCUCCCAGACAACGUGGACAUCAUCACAGGGGAGGAGCAGGAGGUGGCAGUGUUCCUUGGGCGUGGCAAACUCUACCGGUUUGAUGGAGGGGUGCGGCAGUGGAAGGAGAGGGGCGUCGGUGAUAUGAAGAUCAUGAAGGAGGAGGAGACGGAUGUUUAUCGUAUCGUGAUGAGAAGAGAUCAGAUACAUAAGGUGUGCGCCAACCACUACAUCACAAGUUCCAUGGCUCUCCACCCGAUGGCUGGCUCGGAUCGCGCCUGGGUGUGGCAUGCAAUGGACGCAGCUGACGGAGAACCGACCUCAGAGCAGCUAGCCAUCAAGUUAAAGGAUCCAUCCAUUGCUGCGUCCUUCAAGGAGAUGUUUGAGGAAGCCCAGACCAAGAUCAGACUCCAAGAAGCCGCUGAUGAUGGUGGACAGACAGGGACCCCGGAGGAGGGAGGAGCUACCGCAUCAUCAUCAUCUUCUACCAGUCGUGCGGAAGACGGUGUUGCCAAGGCAACCCCCUCUAGCAAAGGUGACUAGCUAACGUGAGGCUAAGUCUGAGAGGAAACUGAUUGUGCACUCUCAUUUUCAUGUAUUUUAUAGAAUGGCAUCUUACGCAUUGUCACGUACCACUCAUCCAUGCAUUAUCAUAUUCUUGCAUCCCACCUGCAUUUUGGGUUCCUAACUCUUGUCAAAGUUCUCUGCCACGCUUUGUAAGUCAAUAUCAUGGACUAGAAUGUGAAAAUAACACUACGGUAUUCACCAAAAUCAAAUUGUUGCAUUAUUAUUUUUUCCAAGUUCC